AUGGACGUACUAAUCUUCCUCGGUUUGCUUAUCGGCAUCGCGUUGCUGAUUGUGUUUUGGUUUCUGCGUCAACAAAGCUACUGGCGACGGCGUGGUAUACCCCAUAGUAAGCCCAUUAUACUGGCGGUUCUGACAAAAAAGCAUAUUGUGCAGAUUCUACGCGAGACCUACCAGCAAUUCAAGGGCACUGGACCUUUCUGUGGCUUCUUCCUUUUCGCUACCAAUACAGCGCUUGUGGUCGACUUAGAGUUGGUAAAGAAAAUUCUCAUUAAGGAUUUCAAUUACUUCUCCGAUCGCGGCUUGUACACGAACGCCCACGACGAUCCACUCUCAGGUAAUAUGUUUUUUGCAAAAGUGAAUCGUUGGAAACGUUUGCGCACAAAGCUUACACCCACAUUUACAUCGGGCAAGAUGAAGAACAUGUUUCAUAUGGUCAGCGCGGUGGGUGAGCGCCUGGCGGCUACAUUGCAAACACACAUUGGUAAUGGAGAUGCCGAUGGGGCGGGUAGAGUGCUCCACAUGUGCGACCUCAGCGGACGUUUUACCACAGAUACGAUCGGUACUUGCGCCUUCGGACUCGAGUGCAAUAGUCUGAGCGCUGAAACGCCGGAGUUCGUUUUGAUCACUAAUAGCUUCAUCCAACAACGACGACAUAAUAAAAUUGUCGAAGGAUUAAUUUUUAGCUUUCCGCGCAUUGCACGCUUCCUACGCAUGCGCAUCAUACCACAACCGCUGCACAAUUUCUAUAUAAAACUCGUCGAAGAUACGCUGGAAUAUCGCACAAAAACCAAGUGUCGUCGCAACGACUUUCUCGACUUGCUAAUCGAUAUGAUGGAGCACGAGGAUGCGGCUGGCAAUCAUGUAGAGGGUUUGAGUGUGAACGAAAUAGCUGCACAAACAUUCAUAAUGUUUUUGGCGGGCUUUGAGACUUCAGCCACGACUAUGAGCUUCGCGCUCUACUUGCUGGCUCAACACCCAGAGAUACAGACACGUCUACGACAGGAUAUAAACAAAGUGUUAGCAUCGAACAACGAACAACUGACAUACCAAUGUAUUAAGCAGAUGAACUAUCUAAAGCAGGUCAUAUGUGAAACACUACGUAUGUACCCGAUCGUACCGAAUCUGAUGCGUCGUGCACAGUCUCACUACGAUACUGGUGAUCCCAAGUAUUACAUUGAGAAAGAUACCAUAGUCAUUAUACCCACCAUAGCCAUACACUACGAUCCACAGUAUUAUCCGGACCCCGAGCGCUUUGAUCCUGCUCGCUUCACAAGCGAAGAAAUGCAGCGGCGACCUGCCUGCACUUGGCUACCUUUCGGUGAGGGUCCGCGCAAUUGUAUUGGCAUGCGUUUUGGCAAAAUGCAAACCAGCAUUGGUCUCAUAUAUUUGAUAAGGAAUUUUCAGUUCAGCGUUGCGCCGGAAACUGUGAUACCUUGCCCUCUGACAAAAGUUUCUUGUUUGGUUUCGCCGGAGAAUGGCAUAAAACUGAGAGUGGACAGAGUGGAUGGGGCUUUGCCUAUAAGACGUACAUGGGAUUAUAUGAAAAGUGACACAUAA